AUGUUGGGACGGUUUUUGCUGCUACUGUUCGGAGUGCUGGUAGUGGUUGGGUUGGGCAGUGCCACCACCAACAACAACGAUACAUCCGUGGGCAGUGUGACAUAUCUGGACGUAUUGCGAAGGAUAACGAAUUUGCGGGGCGACGAUAUCCGUAAAAACCUGCGAUCACUACGGGACCUGGCCAUACAGCAUGGGUUGAUCAAGAUGAGUGAAGUGAAUAGAGGCGCCACCGAAGACGACAAGGAAGAGCAGUCAUCGGAAGGGGAAGAAUCGUCGCUGGAGUCGUCCUUAGAAGGUGAUUUUGGUGACGGUCGUAAGAAAGGAGGCGGUGGCGGCAACAACAAUAAUAAUAUCGUCGUAGCUGGAGGGGGCGGUGGUCACGAUGACGGAUCGUUCUCGAUCAGCAUUGAGGAGGGUGGCAACAAGAAGGGCAAGAAGGGCAAAAAGGGCAAGAAGGGUAAAAAGGGGGGCAAAAAGCAUCGCAAACAGAAGCGAAAAGGAUGGAAGAAGCACAUGAAGAAAGCGGUCCCGAUCGGAAUGGGCAUUUUGGCGCUCAAAGCACUGCUGCUACACUUUCUGCUGAAGAAGCUGGUGAUGGCGACGGCCUUCUCGCUGCUGCUGAGUAAGAAGUCGCUGCUAGUGUCGUCGUUGAUCGCGUUGAAGUUGCUGCUGCAGCAGCCCCACAGUAGCGAUAAGAGUGAGAGCAGCAAGCUGGAGGUGGUACACAUUCCGAUACGCAAGGAAGCGGGAAGCUUCCACAAGAAGCAUCAACAGCAGAAGCUCCCGUCCAGCAAACUGAAGCUACCGCCCCUGACCGUGCCAACGAGCACGCCAACGAAACCGCCCGCCCUGGCGUUCGAUCAGUUCGAUCAGUUCACCGGCACCGAUCACUCGAUCCAGCAUACGCACCAGCAGAUGGCGGACUUUGGUGGCAAGUACAUUCCGCUCGGCUACGAGAGCAACCACUUUCAUUUCGAUGCGACGCCACCGUCGUUCGGUGGUUCGUCGAAUGUGGAACAGUUCUUUGACGAUGCCGAUGAGCUGCAGUUCGAUCGGAAGGAUGAAUGGGACGAUGGUUGGAGUGGCUGGAAUCGAGGCGAAGAGCCCACCAAGCGUUACGUGGUCUACGAAGGUGGUUACGGUGGAUGGGGAGACUCGAACCAACAGCAGCAACAGCAACAGCAGCAGCAGCAGAAUGAUUACCAGACUGACCACUACCGCGCUACGCCUCCUUCCUCCCCCGAUCACAACCAGGCGUAUGGGGCGGUUCUGGGCGAUUAUGCGGCAGUUGCUGCUGGUGGACGCCAGCACUUGAUGAACAGGAGAAAGCGAAAGUUCUAA